AAGUUAGUUUUCAACCCUAUAAUCCUUCUCAUUUCUAUCCAUAAGAAACUUCUAUUAAGAAGACCUCAUAUACUUGCAAGGUUCUCGAUGAAAUGCCUAAAAGAGAUUUACAUGUAGAUUCUCUGGAUAGUAGUACUGUUGACAUAAACAAUGAAAUAGAAAAAAUUGAAGACUUGUUUCUUGAUGUGUUCUAUAGAGAUACUGAGAGUGAUGUAGAUUCUUUGGAAGAUUGGUUUCUCAAUAAGGCACCUUCUAUGGAAGAUAAGAGCAAUAAAGGGGAUUUUGGAGGCUUUGUUCUCGAUGUUCUUUUCAUAGAAAAUGAGAACAAAGUGUUUGCAGGCUACUUUGAAGUAUAAUGUAGCAAUUAAGUGUGCAACCAUCACUUCAGAUGAAGCUCGUAUGAAGGAUUUUAACUUGAAGCGUAUGUGGAAGAGACUACAUGGGACAAUUAGGAAUAUUCUAAAUGGUAUGGUACUCGGGGAACCAAUCCUCUGCAAAAACAUCCCUCGACUUGUCCCAGGUUGAUCAAAACCGAUAUGCAUAGGCAGACAUGCUUUUGGUGAUCAAUAUCGAGCUACUGAUACAGUAAUUCAAGGAGCUGGAAAACUCAAAUUAGUAUUUGUACCAGAAGGGACGGAUCAAAAGAUCGAGUUCGAGGUUUGCAACUUCACUGGUGCUGGUGGAGUAGCUCUAUCCAUGUACAACACGGAUGAGUCUAUUCGUUCUUUCACUGAAGCUUCUAUGAACAUGGCUUACCAAAAGAAAUGGCCACUCUAUCUUAGCACAAAGAAUACCAUCCUUGAGAAAUACGACGGAAGAUUCAAGGACAUAUUCCAGGAAGUUUAUGAUUCAAACUGGAAGUUGAAGUUUGAAGAAGCUGGGAUCUAAUGACUACUUCUGAUGGCAAGUCCCCAUUGCUCAGAUCCAAAAGUUAUACUGCAAAGAAGGACAGUUAAGUAAGGGAAUAGAACUGUGGCUCAAGUUUUGCCCAAAUGGACAGGAUUGUCGGCUGGUGCUGCAACUUGGGAGUACCUUAUUGUUCUUCAAGAAAGAUUUUCUGGUCUUGAUCCUUGAGGUCAAGGAUCUCUUUGCAGCAGGGAGUACUGUUACACGAAAAUGAAUCAACUGGACAAGUUAAUUAGCUUUGCCAUAUCAGCAGUUAGUUACGGGUUAUUGAAUUAGUUAGAAGCAGUUAGCAAAUUAGUUUCACUCUUAUUUCUUAUAAAAGAAAUUGUAUCUACAAAUUCAAUCAUCAAUUGAACAAUAAUACAGUUUUCCUAAUUG